AUGGCGCGAAUACCUCUUGCCAUUCUCCUCGCCGUCCUGGCAACCCUCGCCAUCGCAUCGGUCCCCUCCUUCUGCAAAUGCAUCUGCGGCAAAGAGAGCUACAUCAUCGAGCUCGGCACCAACAACAACAAGAACCCCCAACCACCACCACCAGCGCCCAAACCCUCCUCCUCAACCUCCACGUCGCCCUCAACAACCACUAUGACAGCGAUAACAACCCUCACCAAAGACCAGCUCCUCACCCCCCGCGAGUCGUCCACAUCCUGCAAGCAAUGUAACCGCGCCUUCUGCCUCUCCUACAACCUGCCUAUCUGCAAGGACGCCGAGGAAAAGGACAUCAAAACCACCUGCUUCCAGCGCGACAGCCGCAAGGACCAGGGCAGGGGCAAGGAGCGGCCGUACACGGAAUGGGAGGAGCAGGAGGAGGUGCUGGGAGGCUUGGGGUUGCACAUGACGAAAGUAACGACGGGAAGUGCCACCGCCAUCGAGUCACCUCACUGCGCAGGUCUCCUGGGGUUCAAAUUAGAAGAGGCACGUCGCCUUGGUUACGAGGUCUAAACCUGAUGGAAAAGGAUAUAUCGGAAAACUGCUUUUCAGGAUCCAGCCAAGCGCACUAUCUAUCCCUUCCCCCGCCGCAAAACGCAACCGCGAUGCUCAUCAAAGGAAAAGCGCACCCUGCCAACCUUUUUUUGCUUGACCUUUUGCGACUAAAGUUGAAAUAGCACUCCCCCAAAACCUGCCAGGGGUUGACCCAAAGCGCCGAUUGUAGCCUUUUCCCUCUCCAAACAUUCAUGCGUCGGUGAGGGUAACGUGGUUUUGCUUCCUGCUUACUCCUCCUCAAGCGGAGUCGUCCGCGGUUCGGGAUUCGGGGUGCCCGCG